AUGGACGGCACCAAGUUGAGACAAGUGCGACGUUUGAAAAACUUACUGCUCAGCCAGAUCGUUUGUCCAAGCACUACCCACGAACAAUACGAUAUUUUACGUGGGCUAUACAAUUCAGUUAAAGACAAUCCAUCAUCGCAUGCAAUUUUUGUUGAAGGCAGAUAUGAUGAAGUUAUUGGCUGUCUGACAGUCAUUCACGAUAAUAGAGACAUAUGGCGCAAAUUAGCACAAUUAUCUGAACCUUCCCAAACUAAUGUCAGCAUCGGUCUUAGCUCAAAACCCAGCACAUCGGACUCCCCGCAGACAUCACAGCUUGCUCGUAGAGGAAAGGAUCGUAAGAAAACUGAUCGUAAACCGUACAGUAAACCAGAGAAACAAAUUUCAGAUUCAAAUACUCCUUUCCGCACUUAUGGGAGAACCCUGCCGCCAAAUUUUGGACAAUAUUUUCAAGUUUUUCCCUUGGAAAAGAAUAAGAAUUAUAGAAAUACGCACGCUCCACAAAUGGCAAGUGGCAUGCGCACAAGUAUACCUGAAACUAUUCCGGAUACCCCGUCAACAAUUAGUGCUUCAUCCACCAUCACCGGAUUUCCGAUUAGCAAGUCGCCAAGAAGUAUGAGCACGCAUACGCUAGAUAGAGGGUCGACAAUCAGCAGUAAUUGUACUAUCAACGGACUUUCAAUCGAUGGGACUUCAUCAAGUAUGACCAGAGGAUACAUGCCAAAUAUUACGCCAACAAUUAGCGGUUACUUCGAAUCGCAAAGAAGUAUGAGCUUCAGUAACGGGGAGUCAGGACGGUCAACUAUUCUGUUGCCGAUGAUUUGUACUUGGAUUCCGCGCAACACGGACGAAAUCAAGAAUAAUUUGAAACCAUAA